GCUGUGGUGGUGGCGGUGGUGUUGGUGUCGGUGGUGGUUGUGCGCAAAAUCUCCAGCGCCGGACGCACGGACGCAGCUUUGACGGCAACAAACGAGCGGAGGGAGCGCGACACUGCGGGAGGAGUACCGUCCAAGAGAAAAGAAGAAGAAGAAGAAGAAAAAGAAGCAGACAUGGAUCACUAAGGGACAUUUCUACAGCUCCUUUUAAUUUUUUCUACCUCUUUGGUUUAAUUUUUUAAUUCCUUCUUUCAAAGAAAAAGAAAAAAGCCUGUGAUGUUGCUUUUGCCCCGCGGGUGUUUUUAAUUCGACCUGCUCGAUGUCUCUCAUCAGUUCAUAACCGAAACAAAAUGAGGAUUUCUUCUCGACACUGGUUUCUGUUGAUAUUCUCCUCGGGCUUUUGGGGGCUGACGAUGGGAGCUUUCCCGAGCAGCGUUCAGAUCGGUGGUCUGUUCAUCAGAAACACUGAUCAGGAGUACACGGCCUUUCGUCUGGCAAUCUUCCUGCACAACACCAGCCCCAACGCCUCGGAGGCGCCGUUCAACCUGGUGCCUCACGUGGACAACAUCGAGACGGCCAACAGCUUCGCCGUCACCAACGCCUUUUGCUCGCAGUACUCCCGUGGUGUCUUCGCCAUCUUUGGCCUGUACGACAAGCGCUCGGUGCACACGUUGACGUCGUUCUGCAGCGCUCUGCACAUCUCCCUCAUCACGCCCAGCUUCCCCACCGAGGGCGAGAGCCAGUUCACACUGCAGCUGCGGCCGUCCAUCCGGGGAGCGCUGCUGUCCCUGCUGGACCACUACGACUGGAACAAGUUUGUCUUCCUCUACGACACCGACCGAGGUUACGCCAUCCUGCAGGCCAUCAUGGAGAAGGCGGGGCAGAACAACUGGCAGGUCAGCGCCAUCUGCGUGGAAAACUUCAACGACGCCAGUUACCGGCGACUGCUGGAGGACCUGGACCGGAGACAGGAGAAGAAGUUUGUGAUCGACCUGGAGGCCGAGAGACUGCAGAACAUGCUGGAGCAGAUUGUCAGCGUGGGGAAACACGUCAAAGGCUACCAUUACAUCAUGGCCAACCUGGGUUUCAAGGACAUCAACCUGGAGCGCUUCAUGCACGGCGGCGCCAACGUGACGGGCUUCCAGCUGGUGGACUUCAGCAACCCCAUGGUCAUCAAACUGAUGCAGCGCUGGAACAAGCUGGAUCAGAGGGAGUAUCCCGGCUCCGACGCUCCGCCCAAGUACACCUCAGCGCUCACAUAUGACGGCGUGAUGGUGAUGGCCGAGGCCUUCAGGAACCUGCGCAGGCAGAAGGUGGACAUUUCCAGACGGGGGAACGCGGGCGACUGUCUCGCCAACCCCGCCGCCCCGUGGAACCAGGGCAUCGACAUGGAGCGCACUCUCAAACAGGUCCGGCUGCAGGGAUUAACAGGUAAUGUCCAGUUUGACCACUAUGGCCGCAGGGUCAACUACAAUAUGGACGUGUUUGAGCUGAAGAGUAAUGGACCCAGACGGAUCGGCUACUGGACUGACACGGACAAACUGGUGCUGAUCCAGGAUUCUCCGCUGCUCCCUAAUGACACGUCCGGCAUGGAGAACCGAACCGUCGUCGUGACGACUAUCAUGGAGGGUCCGUAUGUGAUGCUCAAGAAGAACUGGGAGAUGUACGAGGGCAACGACCAGUUCGAGGGAUACUGCGUGGACUUGGCCUCGGAAAUCGCCAAACACAUCGGCAUCAAGUACAAGAUCUCCAUCGUGCCCGAUGGAAAGUACGGCGCCAGGGACCCGGAGACCAAGAUCUGGAACGGCAUGGUCGGGGAGCUGGUGUACGGGAAAGCGGAAAUCGCUGUGGCCCCUUUGACUAUCACGUUGGUCCGGGAGGAGGUGAUUGAUUUUUCCAAGCCCUUCAUGUCGCUGGGCAUUUCCAUCAUGAUCAAGAAGCCCCAGAAAUCCAAACCUGGGGUGUUCUCCUUCCUGGACCCGUUGGCCUACGAGAUCUGGAUGUGCAUCGUGUUCGCCUACAUCGGCGUGAGCGUGGUGCUCUUCCUGGUCAGCCGCUUCAGCCCGUACGAAUGGCACACCGAGGAGCCCGAAGAGGGCACUGACGGUCCGCCUAGUGACCAGCCUCCCAAUGAGUUUGGUAUCUUCAACUCCCUCUGGUUCUCCCUGGGCGCCUUCAUGCAGCAGGGCUGCGACAUCUCCCCCCGAUCUUUAUCAGGCAGAAUAGUGGGCGGAGUCUGGUGGUUCUUCACGCUCAUCAUCAUCUCGUCGUACACGGCGAACCUGGCUGCCUUCCUCACCGUGGAGAGGAUGGUGUCACCCAUCGAGAGCGCCGAGGAUCUGGCCAAACAGACCGACAUCGCCUACGGCACUCUGGACUCCGGCUCCACAAAAGAGUUCUUCAGGCGCUCAAAAAUCGCCGUCUACGAGAAGAUGUGGGGCUACAUGAAGUCGGCCGAGCCCACGGUCUUCACUAAGACCACGGCCGAGGGCGUUGCGCGCGUCCGCAAGUCCAAAGGGAAAUACGCCUUCCUCUUGGAGUCCACGAUGAACGAGUACACAGAGCAGCGGAAGCCCUGCGACACAAUGAAAGUGGGAGGCAACUUGGACUCCAAAGGCUACGGAGUCGCUACACCCAAGGGUUCACAGUUAAGAACGCCUGUAAACCUUGCCGUAUUGAAACUGAGUGAAGCAGGAGUCUUAGACAAACUGAAAAACAAAUGGUGGUACGAUAAAGGGGAGUGUGGACCCAAGGACUCGGGAAGUAAGGACAAGUCAUCGCAGGCCCUGAGCCUGAGCAACGUGGCGGGGGUCUUCUACAUCCUCGUCGGAGGCCUGGGCCUGGCCAUGCUGGUGGCCCUCAUCGAAUUCUGCUACAAGUCACGCAACGAGGCCAAGAGAAUGAAGCUCACAUUUACUGAAGCCAUGAGGAACAAGGCCCGUCUGUCUAUCACGGGCAGCGUUGGGGAGAACGGACGGGUGCUGACGCCCGACUGUCCCAAGGCCGUUCACGCCGGGCCUCCCCUCCGCCAGAGCUCAGGCCUCGCCCUGGUCUCCUCUGAGCUCCCGUGAAAACCAAAAACCUCUCAAGUGCCUUAAUUCCAAUAACAAUAGACAAAGAAAAAAAGAAACUCUUCGAUCGCAACAACCACAAACUACCCACAAAGGAACAGGAGUCACACACACAACAUCAGGUCACCUCCAGGGGGGCGAGACAGCACCGACAGAGGAGCAGAGAGGUCAGGACUUGCCGAGGCUUGACGACUUCUCCCUGAAGUCUGUGGAAACCAGAGGCAGACUGUUUUUAGUUUUACUAUUUUUUUGAAUCACGGGAAUCGACUUCAGCGACAGAGGAGGAAACAAAAUAAUAUCAUGAUUUAUGAUAAAGACGAAGACCAGAAAACUGUAAACUUGAAACUCAAACUGUGUUGUUUUUUUCCCUUUGGGAUCGCUGUGAAUUGGCAAAAGAAAAAACACUGAACCACAAUCAAGAUUGUUUUGAAACGGAACAGUAUUUGCUACACAAACAGCGUUCAAGAGACAACAAUCUUACUAGAUAUCAACAAGUGGCAGCACGGGCGAGAGCUGUUGCCCAGUGCUGUGAAGAUAUGAGGAAAAAUAUUUGUAUUCAUAAUUUAAAAGUAAAAAAAGAAAAAGAAUAAUCUAUGAAUAUAUGAGCAAAGAUAGAAAACUGUGAAAAUAAGUAAAUAUGUAUAUUCCAUGACAAACUAAAUAACUCUAGCUGUACAUAGGAGACAACUGUGUAACAUGCUUGCUUUUUAAACAGAUGUACAUAACAGAUACUGUAGUGAACUGUUUGUUUUUUUUGUAAAUCAUCUUCAAGGAUUUUAUGCAUCGCAAUAAUGAAAAAGAUGACGCCACUUGAAGGAGGAGACGUGUUAAAGAGAUAGUUCAGGGUUUGUUUUUUCAAAGCUACUUUGAGUGUUGACUUCUGACACAUAAGCUGCUAUUGGCCAUUUAACAAAUGGCUCAUCUUAUAAAAUCUAUGCCUGCUUAAGUCUGUGAUAUGUUCAGAAGUUGUUUUUCACUUUACCUCACUGUAAAGACGGAGUUUGUACCACUUUGUAAACCGCUUACUCCCUGCACCAAAGCCCAUAGAGAAAAUCUGUGAUUUUAAAUCACAGCACAUGGGAGCUGUUGGUCCACUGCUGCCUCCGUCAGUAAGUGCAAAUGUUUUAUUUUAUUACUUUGGUGUUUGAAAUCCGUUGUUCGGAUUUACUUUAGUGGCAUACUUUUAUCAAAUUUUGCAGCAGAAGACGAGCAGCUUGUGUUGCGAGCUAAAAUUGGUGCAGGACAGUGAGUGGUACACAAACUUCAGUUGGCAGCCCUAAAAUGAUAUCUAGUAGCAAGAUAAAGUACCAAACAUAUACUUUGGAUAUCAUAGACUUCAGCAGGCUUUGAUUUUAUAAUGUGAGCUUUUUGUUAAAGGUCCAGUGUGCAAGAAUUAGCAGGGUCCACGAGCAGAAAAAUAGAUAUAUUACCCAUAACUCUGUUUGUAUUACUCUAAUAUCACUUUAAAAUUAAAUACAAAAUGUUUGGUUUUUGUAGACCUUUGUGGGCCUCAAUUUGUGAAGGCCACCAUGUUUCUACAAAUUAUUCCAGAGAAAAACGGCAUACUUUUCAAAAAUGACUGGAGGAAAGCAUCAGUGAAUUACAAUCUGCAGUCUCGUCACCAGAUGGAUUAAAUGGAUUUAAUUGUGAGCCUUUUAGUUCAAUGGCUAAAAUCUGUUUUUGCUUUUGUCCACGCCAUGUUUUCAGUGAUGGUCGCACACAGUGUACAUUUCAGAAGGAAAAAACUAUCCCGAACUAUCCCUUUAAAUCUGGACUGUAUUUGUGUAGGAAACUUUCAGACUCUAAAUGUGAACAGGUAUCAACUGCCCAAAUACUUCUGAUACCUGGUGAAUACAAAUUAUUAUUAUUAAUAAUAAUAAUAAUAAUAAUAAUAAUAACAAUAAAAAAUAUAUUCAACAAUGAAUGUGAAAUCUAUAGCUCCACCCCCACUCCUUAAACCACACCCCUCACUGUGCAGACGUAGACCCAGAGCGCUCACCAGCUUUUUUUUUUGUCGAGAGAUUUUAAAGAGAAAAUGUCCGUCUCCUGGUUUUCAAAUGUUGAAGAUAUGAGGUUAUUUUAGGUCAGUGUGUGUGUGUGUGUGUGUGUGUGUGUAAGUGUGAGUGGGUGUGUGUCUGUGGAGACACGAGUCCAACCAUUACAUUGCUGGGAAUUUAAAAGAAAAAUUUGUGUGUUUUUCCCAUAAGACAUCAAAUCUGCAGCAGAAGAUGAUGAAGUCAGUGUUUGUUUGUGUGUCUGAACAAUGAUUUUAAAACCCUUUCUUUAUAUAUAAAAAAACACUGUGGACACAGACACACACACACACCCACACAGAGAAAUGUGACUCUCAUCUGAGUCUCAUCUGUUUUUGGACAAUUUGGACGGACAAUCUGCAGCAGGACACGAGACGCCACAUCGUUAGCAGCACACAAAAACAAAAACAGAGUGAUGCUGGUUAACACUUUCACUCACACACACACAACACACAUAGACAAACAGACAGAGUGACUGUAUGUGUGUAGAGCUGAAAAGUGUAACAUGGCAACUUAUUUUGGUUCAAUUGUACAACUUUAUUUUGAUCUUUUUUUUAAGUAAAAACUAAUUUCAAA